AUGGAGCUGCUGAUCCAGGCGAGGAGACAAAAUCAUGCAAUACCCCAGAAUUUCAAAGGUCACCUUACAGUAGCCGGUCUCGCAUUCGAUGUUCCAGUUCCAUACUUCCAGAGCACAGAAUACAACAGUGAGAAUCAAACACUCUCGGAUGAGCUGUGGGAAAGCUUGAGUCUCGAUGGCAUGGUUAUUGCGCCAACAAAUGAAUGGAUUCAAGAAAAAGGCCUUCCUGAAUCAUGGCCAUUUCCUUGGGAUCCAUCGAAUAGGAGAAUCUACUUCCUGAAAGUGUAUCAUCAUAUUCACUGCCUAAGAAUCCUACGAAGGUCAUUUAAGAAACUCGGUUCUGGACAAGGAAACUAUACAGAGAUGUCUCACCAUGUGGAGCACUGCCUCGAUACGUUGCGACAGGACCUCAUGUGCAAGGCUGAUGAUACCCCUAUGCCAUCGUUAAAGCACUUCAAUGGAGCUGGUGAGGGUCAAGUAAUGAAAUGCAAGAACCUCGAGAAGCUGUUCGCUUGGGCAAAGCAUCCGGAUCGUGAUGCUUGCUAUAGACGACUCAGUGAAUUUGACCCACCUUCUAACACUAUUGAGCGGUAUGCAUUUUGCUCACCGGACAGUCAAUAUUUCCCAAUCAUGACUCAAUACUUUGAAGAAUGGGGACAUUCAUGA